UCUAACUCGUCCAAUCGGCUCGUUCCAAACUUACUAACAGAAAUAUUGAAACUGUGUAGAUCGAGGAGUCCAUUAUCGAACUCACUUCCUCUCUCGUAAAAUUACAACAUUCGAUAUGGAGAAGUGCUUUGAAAGCUUUGAUAAAGACGGUGAUGGAAAACUUUCAGCAGAGGAGCUCAGAAACUGCCUUCUUAGGGUGGGCCUGAAUAUCAGUAUUGACGAGAUCAAAAGGUCCUUGAACGUUGAAACUGACAGCAAGAUCCCGAUUCCAAUUUCACAUAUUCUUCAAGUUCUCAAAGGCGAUGCAGACGGUUGGUUUCAAGAAUUCGGGGAAGAAGACGACGGUGAUCGGACACUUUUACUGAAGGAGUGCUUCGAUAUCUUUGAUACAAACGGUGAUGGUUUCAUUUCAGGAGAGGAGCUCAAAAAGUGCUUGCACAGCUUUUGCAUCCCUAUAGAUGAUGGCGAGAACAGAUCAUUCAGAAGGUUGCAAAACAGAAAGAUCCGAAUUUUACAUCUUCUUGGUAAAAAGGAUCCAAACUGCUCAAACAUUAAGCUACGAGAAAUAUUCUUAGGACUCACUGGUUCUGCAAAUGUUUCGUUCAUUGCUUAUGCUCCGAAGGUUUCCUCAUCAGCUGCGCCGCCCCUGAUGGAUGUUAUUGUGGUCGUCAACGCUAUAGCUUUUCUUUUCCUCUUGCUUAGCUUUUGGCUUCGCAACAAGAAGCCAGCGGCCGCAGAGAGAAUUACGGGAGCAAUAGGGAUUGUUGCUGCGGCGAUGGUUUUCUUCUUGAUAAUGGGCAUGUUCUUGCCUUCUGGAAGAAAUUAAUUAAUAUGCGAUAUCCAUAUCUUGAGUACUGUUUGUUAAUGUGGUUUCAUUUUAAUAUAUAUAUACACACUCCUGAUUCUUGAUCAUU